GCUAUGGCGUCGCUCACCGUCAAGGCCUAUCUUCUGGGAAAGGAGGACGCGACCCGCGAGAUCCGCCGCUUCAGCUUCUGUGUCAGUCCCGAGCCCGAGGCAGAAGCCGAGGCCGCGGCUGGGCCCGGACCCUGCGAGCGGCUGCUGAGCCGUGUGGCCGCCCUGUUCCCCGUGCUGCGGCCGGGCGGCUUCCAGGCGCACUACCGCGAUGAGGAUGGAGACUUGGUUGCAUUUUCCAGUGAUGAGGAGCUGACAAUGGCAAUGUCCUAUGUGAAGGAUGACAUCUUCCGGAUUUACAUAAAAGAGAAAAAAGAGUGCCGGCGGGACCAUCGCCCCCCUUGUGCUCAGGAGGCACCCCGCAACUUGGUGCACCCCAAUGUGAUCUGUGAUGGUUGCAAUGGCCCCGUGGUGGGGACUCGCUACAAGUGCAGCGUCUGCCCAGACUAUGACCUCUGUGCUGCCUGUGAGGGGAAAGGCAUGCACAGGGAACACAGCAAGCUUGCAUUUCCCAGCCCCUUUGGGCACCUCUCUGAGGGCUUCUCUCACAGCCGCUGGCUCCGGAAGCUAAAACAUGGGCACUUUGGUUGGCCAGGCUGGGAAAUGGGUCCACCAGGCAACUGGAGCCCACGUCCUCCUAGGGCAGGAGAUGCUCGCGCCAGCCCCAUGACGGAAUCAGCUUCUGUUCCCUCAGAGGAUCCCAGCGUCAACUUCCUGAAGAAUGUAGGGGAAAGUGUAGCUGCUGCGCUUAGCCCUCUGGGCAUUGAAGUUGAUAUUGAUGUGGAACAUGGAGGGAAAAGAAGCCGCCUGACACCCGUCUCUCCAGAUAGCUCUAGCACAGAGGAGAAGUGCAGCUCACAGCCAAGCAGCUGCUCCUCCGAACCCAGCAAACCAGAGGGCAACGUGGAGGGCAUGGCACAGUCCCUGGCAGAACAAAUGAAAAAAGUCACCCUGGAGCCUGUAGGGCAACCUGAGGAACAGAUGGAAUCUGAUAACUGUUCAGCAGGAGAUGAUGACUGGACUCAUUUGUCCUCAAAAGAAGUGGACCCGUCUACUGGUGAGCUCCAGUCUCUGCAGAUGCCAGAAUCUGAAGGACCUAGCUCUCUGGACCCUUCCCAGGACGGCCCCACAGGGCUGAAGGAAGCAGCACUAUACCCACAUCUUCCACCAGAAGCUGACCCCCGGCUGAUUGAGUCCCUCUCCCAGAUGCUGUCCAUGGGUUUCUCUGAUGAAGGUGGCUGGCUCACUAGGCUCCUACAGACCAAGAAUUACGACAUUGGAGCUGCUCUGGACACCAUCCAGUAUUCAAAGCACCCACCACCAUUGUGA